AUGGACAUAAACAAUGCGCUUUGCAGUGAAAUCGAUAGAGUUGCAGAUAAAUUGAAAUCUCUUGGAGACAUCCAUGAAUGGAUAGUAGACCACAAUGGCCAUGCCUAUCCAUACAGGGGCGAAAUGCCCGACGAGUUCGGCUAUAUAGUCAAGCAUGGGAAGGACGGGCUUCUGAUCCUCAAGGGCGGGCACGAGUUCAUAGUGGAUGCAAUAUCCAGGUUCAUGAUACCUGCUGCAGCAUCCAAGCUUAGGAAAAACACCCUUUCUGUUGCUGCAACCAAAAUGCUUAGGUCGUUAGAGCUCCACAUCAAACAAAUGGAAAAGAUCGUGGGUGGAAAGACCUGCAGUGACAGUAAGGGCAUGGCCAUGGAGACUCAGGAUGUGGCCAGACUCUACGAGAAAUAUUCCGAGGAGUUCCAUAGCGGACUUGAUCUGGGGAAGACACUUUUGAGCCAUGAGCUGGAGCUUAUCUUCAGAAGUGGAGAACAAUGGGUUGGAUGCAUGAGGAAACUGUAUGAGUCUGUAUGCUCCGAAAGAGACGGGUUCUACGAAGAAAAGUCCUUCUGGAGCAGGUUCCAUAUGGAAAUGUGCCACAUAAGAGAGUUCUGUAGAAGCAAGGCGUUCAGGUUUGCCUGUGAUGUUUUAAGGAAAAGUGGGAAGUAUGUUACCGUGGCAACACUGGACAGCCUGCUAUCGUCAUCCAAAUACUCUGAGCUUGGAAGAAGACUCCACGACUUCUAUGCAAACAUGGAUUUCAGUGGGAUCUAUUUUCCAAAGAGCUUCUCCGAAUUCAAGGACUCUGUCAUAAGCGCCACCCAGGCAGUCAGUAGAGACAUUGGAAGGCAGUCGAGGAUGGCUCGAAGACUGAUUCUUGUCCAAAUGGACAGUCUGGCUAGGCUGAUAGUAGACCGUAUAUGUGAAUAUGUCUCGAUAGAGUGGCUCGGGUGUUGUGAAGAGCUGCUUACAUGCAGCAUGGAAAGCAUGUCUUCGCUUGUGAACUCCUUCGAUGGAGAAGAGUCUGAGGCAAUGUCCCUGGAGUCAUCGCUGUUCUAUGAGUUUAGAGGAGGAGAGCAUCUGGCAGGAUUCUACUCGGCUUUUGGAGACAUCAAGAGGAUUCUUCUCUUCACUUGGUCAUUCAAGAAGCUUGGAACACUUCUUCCAAGCCUGCCAGGAUACUCUUCAGGCGGGAUGGAUUACGGAGAAGAGUACAGAUCCUUAUUGUGGGAGUUGGGGUCUGAGGUUGGGGAUCCGGACAGUGGACCUGUGAGGAAAUGGAUGAGAAAAGAUCUUUUUGAUGCCAAGGUUAGAUCUGGAGUGUCGUUUGGUAAGCAAGAAGAAUUUGUUUCGGACAUCUUCAACAUAACCUUUGAAAGGAUUCAUGGAAUGGACCCAACAACCUUGGAGGAUGAUGAAGAGGACACCCCAGCUCUUGCAAUACUGCUUGGCCAAGAAGAAGCUGGGAGGUUUGUAAAGCUGUGCAAAAUCAUGAGGAUGUUCUCCUUUUUCAACUCUCUUGAAAUGUUCUCAAGAAGAACGCUGGCCAACAGGAUGGCGAUUGUCAAGUACCUCAGCUCUGUUGUGAGGACAGGGCCUUUAUUCUUACAGAGGGACUUCUUCGGUAGGAUGUCCGAGCUUCUUAUGGCACGUGACAUGUUCAUGGAGGUUGACGGCGUUUUAAGGCUAUUUUUUGGAGGGGAAUGGAGUGGGAUAGUACAACUGUCUGGGAUAAGGAGGGCAAAGAGGUGUGUGGAGAGGCAAAUAGACGACGAAAUACGCGAAUGGUGUAGCUCUGUACUUUCUGACGACUUUCUUGAAGAAAGAGCAGUGAGGGUUGAGAGGGGGGCUGACGGAGCUAGAAGGCUUAGGGCCUCAUCCGGGUCACCCGUCCUAAGGAGGCUGGACGAGUACCUGAUGAUGAUGUCUCUAGAGGAUUUGAUGCCUCUGAUUCCCCAUGCUGUUCACAGGAAAAUGUCUCUAGUAUCUGGAGUCAGGGGGAUCUAUAAGAGGGUUGUCUCUGGAUGUGAGGCGAUUAACACGAUACUAGAGGAUGUGGGCGAUGAUCUAGACCUCUUCUACAAAGAGAUGGAUCAGGUGUUUAUGUCGAUAGAGAAGGUCUUGGGCCUGAGGUGGAGGGAAGUAGAAAGAGCAAGCGAAGUGGAGGAGCUUAUGGACAGAGUGCGGGAGCUUGAGAACAGAGUCUACUCCUACAGAUUCUUUGUGAAGAAAAUAGCCAAGGAGGAGAUGAAGACGGUGUUUUCGAGCCGGAUCCAGAAGAAAGAGCCGUUCUCGCUUGACUCGGAAGCCUAUGUGGGAUUCUUUAGACUCUACGAGAAGAGCAUUGUGAUACGGGGCAUAAAUAGGUCGAUGGGCAGGGUGCUCUCACAGUACCUUGAAUCGGUGCAGGAGGCGCUGGAGAUAGAGGAUGGUAGCUUUUUUGUUUCGAGACACAGAGUCCGAGAUGGGGGGUUGGAGAAAGGCAGAGGAUGUGAUGCAUGGGAAAAUUGCUUCGACCCGCCCCUUUCCGAAUACUUCAGGAUCCUGGAGAAGAUAUUUCCUUCUGAAGAAGGAUAUUUCUUUGACGAGGUCCUCAAAAGACUCGACCCCGGUCACGAAAUAAAGUCCAGGAUAGAAGAGAUAAUCAGAAUGGUCACAGUGAAGUACGACUUUUGUCUGGAGGUAUUGGGCUCUGUUUCGAUCUCCGAGCUUCCACAAGGUCUGUACAAAAGAUUCAUAAAAGUCAGGAGCUCGUACAGGAGUGCCGAGAUGUUUGCUAAGAACACGAUCCCAUUCUUUGUUUUUGAGCACUCCAUGGAUACCUCUCAGCACCAGAAGCUGUUUGAAGCAGUGUGCGAUGAAGUCUGUAGGUUUGUAGAUACCGAAAACUCUAGAGUUUAUGGCAUGCUGGUGGCAGGAAAGGGCAGGAUCUAUGAUGGUACGGAGCCCAGGAGCAGGAUUGAGGCAGGCCCCAUAUGUGAAGAGGAGAGGGGAACAGAAGAGAGUGCCCUAUUAGAUGAGAUAUCUAGAACAAUACUAGUUGACGAGUAUCUGAACUCAGAUGAGUUUAGGAUGCUUGAGGAGCUGAAUAGUGCUGUUGUUGAGCAUGGAUUGAAGAGCCCAAGCACACCAGUGGAGAUGAUUAUAAAUGAAAGGAAUAUUGUUCUGGAGAUAGGUAGGAGAGCCUUGGAUAUGUUCCUGAGCAACAUUCCAUUUGGCGCCAUAAAAUCGAGGCGGGAGUCCUUAGACAGAGAAAUCGGGGCUUUCAACAACGAGGUGGAUGGUAUAGCCAGGGAGGAGGACGAACUUAUGUUCUAUCCUAUGUUCAAAUCGCUUAAGGCCAAGCACAGGAUGCUUGAGGAAAAGACCGAAUACCUCAACAAAAUUCUUAGCAUCACAGGUCUUCCACUGAUUUCUGACACUCUCCGAGAAAGAAUAGACACGCUAGAUGCCGAGUGGGACAGCUUCUGCAGGAUUAGUGAGUCUCUUAAGAAAUACGAAUCUCAGCAAGUAAGUGGUCUGGAUGUUGCCCAGUUUGUCUCGUUUCUGAGGUCGGUUGAUACAGGUGCAUUCCAUGCCGAAUACUUUCGAGUGUUUCUUUGCAAGAUAAAGCACUACACGGAUGCAUGCGAUUAUCUGUGGCAUGUGAAAAGUCCCUAUGUGAAGAAGAAGUAUUUUGAUGCGGAUAUGGAGCUGAGGCAGUUUUUCCUGAUGUUCAACCGGGAGGACAUGGAGGCGAGGCUAGCUGAUUCGAAGAUGGAGUAUGAGGUUGAGAGGUAUGUGGAGAAGACUAAAGCAGAAGUAUCUUCUCUCAAGCUAGAGCUGAGUUCUGUUGGGGAGGGGCAGGUGGUUGUAUCGAACCUGGGCAGCAUUGGGGACAAGGUUGGCAGGUUCCUGGUGGAGUAUGAUUCGAUAUCAAGGCUCAACACAAAGGGAGUUUUUCUUGACGAGCUUGGUGAUACUAAGCGAUACAUAGACGAGUGCCUUGACUUUGUGUCCUGCUUUGAGGAGGUGCAGAAGGAAAUAAUGGAGCUUUCAAAUGUCUUCUGUGCUGAUGCGCUUCGGUUUGAGGCCAAGAAAUAUGCAGUUGUAAAAGAGAGGUUCUCGGGAGUUCUGGCUGGAUCUGAUGCUUCAGAGUCUGCAGGGGGAAAGAGUAUUGAGCUGGCUGCUAUCUUGGAGCAUAAAGACGGGAUUGUUGAGAUGAAAAGAGGCCUCAACGAUGUACUGAAAGGGCUUCGGAUCUUCCUCGAAAAGUGCAGAGAAGAAACGCCCAGGCUCUACCUUAUUUCUGACGGAGACCUCAUCAAGGCACUGAACAACAGGUCGUACUAUGAAGAGAUGCUGAGGAUGAUGUUCAACAUAGAUGCUGUUAUUACCAACAAUGGCAGCAUUGCCGGAUUUGAAAGCCGUGGGGAGAGAGUGAUGCUCCGAAAGGAGGUUCUGACUGACCAGAGCAUUGGGGGCUUUGUCGACUCAUUUUCGAAUGAAGCCAGGAAUACGCUCAGGUCUUACUUCUACGAUGGGCUAGAGGGAAUAGAGGAGGGAUGCCCAUCGAUCAUCUCGGAGCUGAUUACCGAGUUCAAAUACUUUAAUAAGAAGACCUGUGAAAUGACGCCGAAGCUCCGAGUACUUGAGAGGGAAAUGGAGAAGUAUCCGAACGGCGUUGUGCGGCUAUAUCCCAAGCCUGUGGUGGAAGACGGCGUGCUCUACAUGGAGUCGAUUGAGAAGAUGGAGUAUGGGUUUGAGUACUAUCCUCCAACAGACAUUGUAUUUACACCCUUGGUGUGCAGGGUGCUUUCGAGCAUAGCUGUUUCGCUGAAAAGCCUAUGCGGCGCGAUUCUAUAUGGAAGAAGCGGAACGGGAAAGACAGAGUCUGUGAAGUACUAUUGCAGGCUUAUUGGGAAGCCUGUUUUUGUUUUUUGCUGUAACGAGGACUGCGAGCUUGCAACCCUAAGAAAUGUCAUUGAAGGGGCAGUGCUCAUGGGUUCUUACCUGUGCUUUGACGAGUUCAACAGGCUGAGCGAGGAGACAAUGAGCGGAGCAACAGAGCUGAUUCUCUCGAGCAAGGACAAGACGAAGUUUUUUCUUACGAUGAAUAUAGGGUAUAAGGGUCGGUACGAGCUUCCCAGGAGUCUAAGGGCGAUAUUUGGGGAAACAAGGAUCGACACGCCCGAUGUGAAGGAUAUUAUUGACUACUACUGUGGUGGGAUUUCUGAGAAGAUCUACAGGCUGAUGCAGCAGAUGGAGUCCAGUACAAGCAGGCAGGACCACUAUGAUUUUGGACUGAGGGCAAUAAGAAUGAUCGCAGGGCAUGGCGGGGAAGCAGAGAUUACAAGGUCAAUGAUCUACUUCUUCAUGGCAUGCCUUCUGAAAAAAGACAAGGCCGUGUUUGUUAAGGAGGUCCGGAGGAUUUUUGGAUUGGAUGUGGAGGCUGUGGCAUACAAGGAUGCGUUGUUGCAUGGGCUGGACAGUAGAAGAGGGGCCCUUGUUGUAGGAGGAAACGGGGUUGGAAAAAGCGUGCUGAUAAGAGCAGCAUGCGAUGCAAGAGAGGCGGCCUGCUUCUACUAUAACCCAAGAAACAUGAGGGAGAUAUUUGGGCAUCGAGAUGAGCUUACUGGAGAGUGGAGGGACAGCAGAUUUGUCCAGGAUCUGAGGAGAAACAUCCACGGCGGCAGGGAGUGCUGGUUUGUGUUUGAUGGGCCUGUGGAGUCUUCCUGGAUCGAGGACUUCAAUCCGAUACUAGACGAGAACAGGUUUUUGUGUCUGAGCUCUGGAGAAAGGAUCAGGAUUCCAGAGCACUACAGAUUUGUGUUUGAGAGCACAUCGAUGGAAAAGAUAACGCCGGCAACACUGACCAGGGUGUUUCUCGUGUAUAUGGAGGAAGACGGGCCUUCCUCUGCGUGCUGUUCACAAGACACCAGUGUCUUGGCAGGCAUACGCUAUGAUGGGCAGAAGACCCUGGAGUUUCCGUUCAAGAAGCUUAUUGCAACCGAGGAGCAAAGCUUUUAUGCAAGGUCCAUUGAGACAUUGUCAAGGGAUGGCGGAAGAGUCUUUUUCAUCCGAGGGGAGGCCGGAGUUGGAAAGGGGGCACUGAUCAGCGAGGUGUUUGGGGACGAUGCUGUUGUGAUUGAAGGAAGAGGGUUUGAGAUCUCUAUGAUUGAAGGGAGUCUGGGAGAGGAUAAGAUAAAGAAGAUCGGAGGAGGCAAAGUGUAUGAUGCAAGGUGUGUGAUUUACAUUGAGGAAUUUGACUGCACAAACGUCAACCUGGUGGAGGCGGUCAGAGAGUAUAACGAAUACGGAAGGAUGGGAGAGCUACAGAUGAGAAACACAGUUGUGAUAUGUGGAGUCAACGAAAGGAAUGGAGAUGAUGCAGUUAGUGGGACCCCUGGAGAGAGAUUGGAAAGGAAGGUAAGGUCUGUGUUUGUGGAGGCACCGAGAGACAUGCCAUUUUUACUUGAGGAGGAGGUUAGAAAAAGGCUGGGAUCGACAAGACACUUCAAGAGCUCCAAAAAGGUUCUGCAGGCUGUGUUGUUUGUCUACAAGAACUUUGGUGCCUCUCUCCGCAAGAUUACAGACUUUAUAAGAACAUUGGGAGAUCUGUGCACGGAGGAUGGAGAUCUGGGAGAUCUGAUGUAUUUUGAGGCAAAGAUCUACUUUGGAGAAUGUAAGAGCCUACGGAACGAGAUGCAGAGGAUCUUUGGAAAGCAACCGGAUGAGAUUGAGUUUGAUCUUGAGGCUCGGAGGUUCAGAAAGGCAAGGGAAUGCAGCGACAUUUCCUGCGUAGGGUCUAUUCUCCACAGAGGAUACAAUCUUGUGGUUGAGGGACCUCGGAUGUCAGGAAAGCGCUGGUUGGUGAGGGAGUGCACAAGACGCAUGAGGAUAGAUGUAAAGAUAGUCGGGCGUGAAGACGAAAAGAAAAUCGACGGGCAGACUGCCUUCCUGGUGGAGGACAGGCUUACCCUUGGGAAGGGGUUGUCCAGCCGAUGUAUGACUUUUAAGCUGAGAAGGCGCUCUUACUACUCCCUGGACCUGCUUAGAGUGCAUGGGAAGAUUGCCGACGGGGACACAUCUCACAAGGAUGUGUUGAAUGAAUGCUUUGUAUCUGAGAUUGGGAUCAACAUUGAUUCAGAGGGUGGAGGUGUGUUUUCUGAAGUGCCUUCCUUAAUGGUGGAGAUUGACGAGGAUGGACAUCCUUCCUCAUGCCUACACCCUAGCAUUGUGACCACAGGCUUUCUUUGUAAGGCAAUUGAAUUUGGCAUGAGCUUCAUAAGGAUUUCAAAGGAAUUUAGGGACAAAGAGAUCAGAAGAAGACAAUUCCUAACUGAAGGCCUGCAGAAGAUUGAGGACUUCAGAGAAGAGGCGUGUUCCUUAGGGUCUGAGUCGUCGCGGAAAAGGAAGGACCUCCAAGACUUAACGGCUGUGCUGAACAGCCAACUCGAGAAAAUUGUCACCUCUCAAAGGCAGAUGGAGGACGAGAAGAAGGCUAUUGGGGGCAGGAAGCGCGAAAUGGAAGAAGCAUUCGGCCUGAGCCAGAGGAGAAGGGAGGCAGUGGACAAAAGACUUGGGGUGGCCAAGGCGCUGCUAGAGGAGUCUGGGAGAGGGAUCAAGGAACUCUCGAAGAGUAACCUAUCGGAGAUUAAGGUGAUGAUUAACCCUCCGGAGAUAGUUAGGAGCACUGUUGAGGCAGUGUUCUGGUUGGUGGAGGGGAGGUCGAAAGGGGACAUGGGGAGCAUUGAGUGGAAGCAGCUAAUCCAGUUCAUGAAGAGGGAGGACUUUGUCUCCAAGGUGCUGGGCUGUGAAACUCUAGAAAUUCCUGAUGCUCUUGAAAAGCUGGUGUCUGGGCCGUUGUUCGUCCACGAGAAAGCAUUGAAUGCAAGUAAAGCCUGCGGGUCUCUUUUUCUGUGGGUGAUGGCAAGAUACAAGUAUGCCAAGAUCAUGCUGGAAAUCUCACCGAUGGAGCAGGAAAUAGCGGCGCUUGAGCACGACACCAAGAAAAGCAGGAAAGAGAUAGAGGAGGAGGAAAGAAAGCUGAUGGAGAUUGAAGAUAGAAUUGAGGCCAUGAAGAGCGAGUACAAUGCAUCGGUGGCUAGGCUUGAGUCUAUAAGAGUGGAGAUAGCGAUGUUUGAUGAAAAGGCCCUGAUGAUCAACAAGGUUAUUUGCGAACUGUCGGAUGAGGUUGAGAAGUGGAGGAGAAUGAAAUACCUGUGUCCCAUAAGGUACAUGCUCAUGAGCUCUGAAUGGAUACUCGAUCACAACAGGAGUGGGUUUAUUCAUCGUAGUGAUGUUUCAAGGCUUCUCAGGACAAAGCGGUUUGUUUCCACCAGUCUUGAGGAUAAGAACUACAGGCAGGUUCUGUCUAGCUGCAGCUACUAUGGAAACGACGUCAUUGUUCAUGGAUGUGAUAGGUUUGACAGGGAUGUCUACAGAGCUCUGAAGCAUCAGAUGGACAACAGAACACACUCGAUUAUAUUGACGUCAAACUCAAAGACAAACCCUUAUAAAGAGUACACAUACAACUGCAGCUUUGCAGAGAAGUUUGAGGUUGAGGACCCGGGAGAUCUAGAGAAGCUGGAAGAAGGACUCCUUGAGUUGAUAGUUGGGCAUGCACCGCUGGACGAAAUAUAUGCCCAUAAGAAGUCCCUGGAAAACGAGAGGAAUGUUGACAGGCAAUAUGCCAAGAAAAGGGAGGUUUAUGAAGUGCUCAACUCGCUCUUUAGCAGGAAAAGCAAGAGCUUUUUCGAGGUAUACGGAGUCUCUCUCUCGUUUGGGAUCUUUAAGAGGUAUGUGGAGGACGUGGUGUAUCCCAUCCUAGCCAGUAGGGUAUGCGGGGAUGUCAAGAACAUGUGGACCAGCAUGGUUGAUGCAGACAUGGGCACUAUUCAAGACAUAAUUGCAGGGAGCAUAGAUUCGUUCUACUCGAGCACGUAUCCAGAGACAGGGUGUGGGUAUGCGGAUCUUGUGGACGAGAUUGAUAGAUACCCGUUUGACUACACACUUGUAAUUGCCUGCGACGAUGCAACAUACAUGGUUGAGGAGAAGAUGGCAGUUGCAUCUGUGAUAUCUGCAGGCCCCAAGGAAAACAACGAGGAAAUCUACAGGAUACUAGGCGAGAAGACGCAGGAAAGGAAGACCCAUCUCAUCAAGAACAUCCAUUUCUUAGGAAAUGCUAGGAAGACUGGAAAUAAUAGGCUGAUAUUCACGAUUGAGGAGGGGAAAAGACACUCUCUGAUGGAAGAUAGCAAGGUUGUUUACUGCAGAGGUUACGGGGCCCACGAAACAAGCAGCAAAGCCCUUGCUUCAGUUCCUGGCGGAGACCCGGAGCUGGUGAAGUUCCACAUGGAAAUGAUGUGCAGGAGUAGCCAGUUCGGCCUGAAAGACCUUGCUCUGUGUGCGGAGAACAUGGGGCACUGCGACAAGGAGUACCUGAAGGCCAUUGUGUACAGCAGCAGAAUCGAUAUGUAA